UGUCUACAAAAUGGUUUAUUUACUUUUGAGUUCUGACUUUUUCAAAAAUUUCUGCAAAUAAAACAAAAUCAUAGAAAAACGUCACGGAAUUACAUACGCAGGUAGAGUUAGCUGGCCAGGCCGUUAAGUGGAAUAUCAUUUUCAAAUUUUUUCUAUAUAUAAAAAGGAAAUUUCGUCGCAUAAAGUUUUGCUUGUGUUGUGUAUUUCUCUUCUUUCCAUAACAGUAUGACAGAAAUUGAGUACGAUCUUUUUCCUUUAACACAUUGUUACCCAUACUUUAGCGGACAUAUGUUAAUCAACUUUGUUCCAUUUGUUUUAGUUUAUGAUGUAUGGUUUUUAUCAAUGUCUCGAUUCAUUUUUGUAUGUGUGGACAUUUUUACCGAUUAGAAUAUUUCUUGCUAUAUUACAUGCAUUCUUUUCAUUUCGAUUUACUUCAAAACGUAAAAUAUUGUUUAUGUGUUUAUUUUUCGUUGUUAGUGCACGUUUGUUUGAACCAGCUCAAAUAAUCGAUUUAGUUAAAGGUUUUAUUAUAAUUGGAUGUACCAUUCCAUUAUGUUUUAUGGACAUUUCUGUUGUUUAUCAUGUUGUUCGUGCACAAGCUGCUAUUAAAUUGUAUAUGUUUUUUAAUAUGUUAGAGAUUUGUGAUCGCUUAUUGGCAUCUUUUGGACAAGAUACGUUGGAUGCUGUGUACUGGACAGCAACGGAACCACGUCGAAAACAUAGUGCUGAAAAGUUAUUUUUAUGGGUUAUGGUGGCUAUUGUUUAUUGUUUUAUACACGCGUUUCUCGUUUUGUUGCAAGCAAUUACAUUAAAUGUUGCGUUUAAUUCACAAAAUAAAAUGCUUUUAAUUAUCAUGUUGAGCAAUAACUUUAUCGAAUUAAAACACAGUGUAUUUAAAAAGUUUGACAGAAAUAAUUUAUUUCAAUUAUCUUGUAGCGAUUGUCGAGAACGUUUUCAUUAUUGUAUAUUAUUAUUUAUUGUUUGUGUUAGAAAUCUUGAUCAAUUUGAUUGGGAUUGGAGUAAAUACAAACACGAAGAACUUAUGGCUUUUAAAUUUUACGUUAUUCGGUAAGAAAGAAAAAUAAAGUACCAUUGACUGUCGAUCUAAUUUUCACCUAAAAUCAAUCUUAUGUCUGAAUAAUUAUAAAAUAAACUGAUGAUAUUUAGACUUGGUUUGUUUAGAUGACAGAGCUUUUCAACCGCAAUUUUUCUAAACCACACAUGAGUUAGAUCCUCUUUUACUUAGGAGAAAAGGUUCGAAACAGCCAUACAGUG